UUUACGAUAGGAGCUCUACAAAUAUUACCAGCUGCAGAGUGAGGACACUUGCAUUUCUCUUUAGGUUGUGGACGAAGUGUUUAUUUAUCAUGCCUGAACCUGCUAAGUCCGCUCCUGCCCCAAAGAAGGGCUCCAAAAAGGCGGUGACCAAGGCGCAGAAGAAGGAUGGUAAGAAGCGCAAGCGUAGCCGCAAGGAGAGCUAUUCCGUGUACGUGUACAAGGUGCUAAAGCAGGUCCACCCCGACACCGGCAUCUCAUCCAAGGCCAUGGGCAUCAUGAACUCCUUCGUCAACGAUAUCUUCGAGCGCAUCGCUGGCGAGGCUUCCCGCCUGGCGCAUUACAACAAGCGCUCGACCAUCACCUCCAGGGAGAUCCAGACGGCCGUGCGCCUGCUGCUGCCCGGGGAGCUGGCUAAGCACGCCGUGUCAGAGGGCACCAAGGCUGUCACCAAGUACACCAGCUCUAAGUAAUUCUAACGUCUUCAUACCCAAUCCCAAAGGCUCUUUUAAGAGCCACCCACUUUUUCAGCUAUAGAGUUGUAAUUACCUGCAUAUUUUCUGUGUUUACCACCAACAGGUUUGGUUUUAUCCUCAUGUGAAGGGGUUGCUGCUGUGUAGGUCUAGACCACAGUUCUUUUGACUGGUUGAAGGAAAAUGCUGUACUUAAUCAUAGCAUGUUUGUUUUACCCCAAGUGCUGGUUAGAAGACUAGCCCAUUGUGCUGAUAAGCACAUUUUUCUUAUGUUGUGCUGUGAUGUGUCCCUUGUCAAAUUGGUUUCAUAAGAAAAUAACUUUUGAAAUAUCUCUUUUGCUACUGACAUAGUGUGAGGGAAAGGAAUGUCUUCCUUAAUUCCGGUUUAGUCAUCGCAGCAUUGGCGAAUUUAGCUGGUUAAAAUAAUGUAAUCAAAUUCUUCAAAAUAUAAGGAAAGCAAGACAAGUAAUGUGCAUGAAAACUGAAAAAAUCUGAACACCCGAGCCUGGAUGCAGCACUAAUAAUCAACAUUGUUCUUGGUUUAGUUAAAGAAAAUUUGGCCACUGGCAAAAUACCAUUUGGGAGUAAUGAGACACACCCCUAAUCCUAAAAUAUUUUCUUGUCACUUCCUCAAAGUUGUUUUUGACUUUUUUUCCUUCAGGGUUGACUUCAUAUGUGUUCAUUUUAUUCUAAUAAGCAAAAGUUGUAAUUUUUAAGUGAAAAAAUAAUUUAUGUCAUUCUACUUACAAAUACAAUUUUUCUAUUCUAUAUACUCAUAUAUAAAGAUACUGAAGUUUUACUGUAUUCUUGGUAAUUACAAGCCUUACUUAAGAUCAUAAACUGUUAUGAAUGGCAUCCAGUGUAGAAUACUUAAAAUUUUUACAAAAUGUUUUUGUAUCUUAAAAAUAUUUAAAAUAUUAUAUAUAAAAUAUUCUUAGAAUUUCAACCCAGUUAAGAAAAAAGGAAUAGUAUUCUAUAUUAUUACUUUUUUUUUUUUUUUUUUGAGGAGGAGUUUCGCUAUUGUUGCUCAGAGUAGAGUGCAAUGGCGCAAUCUCGGCUCACAGCAACCUCUGGCUCCCGGGUUCAAGCGAUUCUCCCGUCUCAGCCUCCCGAGUAGCUGGGACUACAGGCGCGCACCACCAAGCCCGGCUAUUUUUUGUAUUUUUAGUAGAGACGGAGUUUCACCAUGUUGGUCAGGCUGGUUUCGAACUCCUGACCUCAGGUGAUCCACCAUCCUCAGACUCCCAAAAUGCUGGGAUUACAGGCGUGAGCCACCACACCCGUCCCAUAAUUAUUUUUCAACUUCCCACUCCCUGUCCGGCACAUAAAUGGACACAGAACACAGCACAUGCAAAGCAUAUAUAAACAUUCAAAUAAACAAAA